AUGGCCCUCAUCUUUCAUGGGGUGCUAUGGGCAGCCAUCUUCUUGCUACCUCCUGUCAACCCGUCCCAUCCGACUCAAAUCAUCAUCAUCCGAACUAUCCAAGAUGACGUUCCCGAGCCUGAGCCCCACUUCACACCUGGCAUCUACACCAUCAGAUCUCACGCGGUGAACAGUAUUGAUCAUCCCCACCACGUCUGGUCUCCACAGACUGCUGUGGUCACACCUGGAGCUUGGACUCCUCUCAUAAUAGUCGGAAAUUCUGGGAGACGCCAUUCAUCCCCUCACCCACUGCCUCCGCCACCCCUUUCACCACAACCCCCACCUCCACCACCACCACCACCACCACCACACACGGCGUCCCCACCAGCGUCGUUUCCACCAGCCGUGACAGAGCCGCCGGAGUUGAGCACCAGGACCAGCAGGGAGACCGGGAUGGAACAAGACGUAGGGAAAAAGGACUCGAGUCGAGUGGAAACUGAUAAGUUGAUCGAAGCAGCGUUCCAGAAUGCCUCCAGAAAGUACUCGGAGAAAAUGGAAGCAUCACCCAAGAUCGUCAUGAACAGAGGGUAG